UCUUCUCUCCAUUGGUAGCACUGGAAUUUAGUACGAUUUUUAACCGCUAGAGAAGAAAGUCAAGAAAAAUAUUAUUUUAUUUCUGAUAAAGGCGAAUUUUAGGAAACAAUAAAGAAUUUAAUAAUUUAUCAAUCUAAUAUCAUCAGAAAAAAAUGUCUCUAACUCCAUGGAUUGAUGGACCAUUUGAUGGAUUAUGGGGUGCACUUAAUGUUAGUCAAGAUAAUGAACGUUGUAUGCAAUUUGAAAUAAAUGCCGCUAAUUGUUUAGAGGCUUAUGGCAAGCAUCAUGUUCGUGGAAAAUGCGCUGAUUUUAUACUUGAUUUGCGUGAAUGCACCUUUCGAAAUAAGCAAAAUAUGCGAGUUUUUCUAAUGAAACAAGAACGAAUGAGACAAUAUAGAGCUGGUGAAAGAAAAACUCAAUUUCAACCUGGACCCGAAGAAGAUGCUUAUUAAGAAAUAGAGAUAUUUUAAAAAAAAAAAAGUCUUUUCAUGUAUAAUAAUAAUAAUAAUAAUAAUAAUAAUAAUAAUAAAACAAUUAGUUUAACACUUAUAGAAAAUGUUAUCUAUAAUUUGUAAAUUCAAUCUUUUUAUUUGGAAAAUAUAAUAAAUUUUCAAAACGAUAA